UAUCUCCAACAUCAAAUAACUCAAUUUCAAAAAAUCAAGGAGAACGAGAAAUGUUAUCUCGCGAAUCUGCAAUUAAUUCGUCAACAUUGCCGCGAAUUUACCCCUAAGUACUACAUUCUGUAAUUUCUGACAAUUCGAAGUUCGAGGUGCCAACGAUCGAAGACAAUUUCUUUUUUUCAACGAAUAGAGAACGAUGUUGUGCGCAAGUUCCGACCAAGGAGGAAACAACAGCGCGAUCGUUUCGCAAAUGACGAAUCCUCACACUCCGCAAGAUUUCACGGUCUCGCGUUUGCUGUCAACGCCGACUAAUUCGAUAGAAUGCAACGAAGGUUCCACCGCAUCUACCUGCAGGAGGCCCAGAAGAAGCAGAACGACGUUCUCGGCGCAGCAACUGGCCGCGUUGGAAAAAGUAUUUGAGAAGACCCAUUAUCCAGACGCGUUCGUUCGGGAGGAACUUGCAACGCGUGUAUCUCUGUCGGAAGCCAGGGUGCAGGUGUGGUUUCAAAACAGACGCGCCAAAUUCCGUCGGAACGAAAGAAGCUCUGCGAUUAACCGGGGCAUUCCCGCGAACAGAGAAGUGGAGGCUACUCUACCAGUACGACCAAUCAGAAUAACGCACACGCAGGAAAAUAACACGGAGACUUUGCAGACGUCUCAAGUCGCGCAAUACUCUUACGGCGAGUACUGGAGAUCCUCGCAACAUUACACUUCCAUGCAGACCUCCACCUGCCACGGAUUUAUCAACGGGAAUUUAGGAAACGUCAGUCUCCCUCCGUAUCAUCAAACAGAUAUUCACGGGGGACUCGAAGGAUCUACGAUGAGCAGUUUAAAUGCGUUGCGAUUCAGAGCACAUCCGUACGGUGCCACGUAUUCUGCUAUGCAUGCAAGCAUGUAAGAAUCUGUCUCUCUCUUUCUGUCUUUGCACAGUACCUUUUUUCAAACCGCGAAGCUUGUCAGUUUCGAACGAUACCAAAAAUUAUAAAAUACCAAAGAUUUCAACAACAUCGUACAAAUCGGGGAAGAUGAUAUUGUGUAAAGGACCAGUAGAUGAAACAUUGCGUAAGAAUUAGGGCAUAAGCGCGAAACACAGGGUAAUGGAAAUAACUUGAAACGUUAUUUUGUAGAACUGAAGUAGCUUAAUAAAUG